GAACUUUUUGCUUAUUUAUCUUCACUGUCACCCAUUUUGUCAUAAUAAAUGUCAGAACUAAACAAAGUUUUUGAAUUCAUGAUUUUAUUAUUAAUGGAUUACUGAGAAUGAGUUCAAAAAAAAUCAAUAUAACAACCAAAAAUAAGUCGAAGUCUAAUCUGAACAAAGACGACAAAAUGUUUGAUCUGGCUGCUAAAAUCGAUGAAACCGACGAAAUGAAGCUGAAGAUGCUUGCAGCGCUUGAAAAACCGGAUUCUGAGGAUGUGUUAUAUCCCCCAGAGUUGAAUGCUCAUCUUAUCGAACAACUGAAGACAAUGACUUGCGAAAACAAUCAGCUACGCAAAACCAUUUUCACAAAGGACCAAGAGAUAAAAGAACUCAAUGGAACAGUAUCGGAACUUAAUCAACGAAUCAGAGAUAUAAUAUCUGGCACGGGUCCGGCUAUAUCUUCGAAGUCCGCUGGUAUUAUAAGUGCGAAAAUAACAGAACUAUGCAAACAGAAUCGACAUUUAGUUGCUGAGAUAGAAAGUUAUAAAACAAAAAAUGCCGCACUAGAAAGAAAAAUAAUGCAACUAGAUUUAAUUAAUAAAGAACAUGAACAACUAGAUCUCUGUUUGUGUAAAAAUGAUCCACCUGAUAAUAAUUUCGAUGAAUUGAAAGAGUUGAAUAGCAAACUAAAUGCAGUAAAUAAAAAACUUUAUGAGAGCAAAAAUAGAAAUUUGGAGUUGAAAAAUGAUAUUCUUAUUGCCACAAAGAUUUUGCAACAAGAACUAGGUGACAAAUUCACGAGUAUUAAAGAGUUGCAAAAUGAUUUGGCUGGAUGGAAAGGAAGGGCUCAACAAAUAAUUCUUUUGCAAGGAAGAAUAAGUGAGCUUGAAGGGAAAUUAAAUGGAAAGCAUAAAGAUAUAUUAGAAGCAAAGAAAAAAGACCAGACCCAGAUUAUUCGAGAUAUAGAAAUGAAACGCAAGAAAGAAAUGGAACAGGCAAUGAAAGAACUGGAAAACUUAAAAGAAACUAACCAAGAAUUAAAGAAAAAAUUAGAUGGUGCUAAAUGUAGGAUCAGAAAUUUAGAAUGCGACGCAACGACGAUCAGGCAAAAGAUGCAAACAUUUGUAGAAAAAAGUAAUCACGAUGACUUGCUCAUUAACGAACAACGGAACCAAAUAAAAAGUCUUGAACUAUACUAUCAAGAAAUUCUCAAAGAAAAUACAGCCAAAAUGAACAAAAUGAAUGGUGAAAUAGCAGAAUAUCAAAAACUGAUAAAAAAUACUGAUGCCAAAAUUGACGCUCUUCGAAAACAGUCAACUGAAAAAGCAUCCAAAAUCGACGAGUUAAGGGCUCAGUUACUUAGGUACGAAGAAUGCUCGCUGCAAAGCGUAUUCUUCACACCUAUGAAGACGGCAACCGAUAAUGAAAUCAAAAAGCUUUCGGAACUAGUGGUAACUCUGAACGAAAGGUUGGACGCUGAGCGACACAAAUGGGAGGAGCUGGAAAUCACUCAUCGAAAACUUCGAGAAAAAAAGAAGCGGCUCGAAAGAAAAAUCGUAGCCCUCGAAGAGGAAAUAAAAACUUUAAGAGAUUUCAAAAGAGGUUCCAGAGUUUCGAAAACGUCUGUUAGAGAUACUCAAUAUGAUUUUGGAAUGGGAACUACAUCGAUAUCUAAAAAACAGUCUUCUAUAGCUGCGGUUGCUGAAAAACCUAGUGAAUCUUCUUCCGAAUCACAGCCUCUGGAUUACGAUGCUCUUGACAAGGAAGAUUUAAAGUACAAGCUUGAAUUAUGCGAAGAAAAGCUAAAAAUAAUGGAAGAUAAACUAAAAAUGAUUGAAGAAGAAAAACAAGAAGAUUACAAUCACUUAACUGACAUGAUUCAAACUUCCAAGCAGCUAUUCAACGAAGCUCUCGCUGUGUUACAAAGGGAAAAAUGUUUAUGUUCAUAAAUGAUGUUACUACGGCUCAUAGGUUUUUCUAAAUUAAUAAAAUGUAUUUAGUUA